AUGCGUAGUUUUAAAGUAGUCGCUUCACGUGAUGAUGUGAGCACCGCCAUUCUCCCAUCAUCUCCCCGUUCUCCCCUCUUCUCGUCUCCCCCAUCUCCCGUCACCACCCCUCCCCUCCUCCCCCCCCCCCCCCCCCAAUUCCCUGCCCCGCUCUCCUCUCAUCUCCCCGCCGCACCCCUCAUCGCACCCCAUCCUCCAUUCACCCCUCAUCUGCUCUCUCCCCCUCCUUUCCCUCCCCCACUCACCCCUACUUUCCCUUCCCGCUCAACCCUCCUUUCCCUUCCCGCUCACCCCUCCUUUCCCUUCUCGCUCACCCCUCGUUUCCCUUCCCAUUCACCCCCCAUUUUCUCCCACCCACCCCCCAUCCCCCAUCAUCUCCACCCGCGCUCACCCGUCAUAUUUCACCCCACCCAUCCCUCAUCCUCCUCGCCCUCUCCCCCCCUUCCACCAACUCACCUCUCGUCUCCCCCACACUUUCCUCUUACUGUUCCCCUGCCUUACAGAUGUAAGUUUUCCCUGCCUCUCAUCCCUUGCAGCUUCACCUACCCCCCGACUUUCUCGCGUUUCCGCUGCCUGUAUCUUCCCUCAACCUCCCUCCCCUACCUUCAGUAA